GCACCAUGGGCAGCUUCCUCCCUCUCUGGGCUUCCCUCUCCUCUGCUGGCUUGUGGUCAGUCCCCUCUCCUGAUUCUGCCUUUUCUCUCCUGGGUCCGGGGGUGAAAUUCUGACCAGCCUCCAGUGGCCUUCCUCUGCCUCCCAACAUAGAAGCCUGAUUGCCAGGUCCCCCAGCAGGGGAUAAUUCUGUACUUAACAAGGAGAGUCCACUGGGUUGGUGGGAUGCUUGACCUGCAGUGUGAGCUCCUACAUGUCCACUCUUCACCUGGUGCCUCUGUCCCCCUGUUUGCAAACUGGAGAGAGGUGUGCUGGAGUCUUGUCCCUUGGACCAUUGAGACCCCAGCUCCCAGCCUCCCUCACCUGCUCCUGGCUUCUCCCCAGCUCUCUGGCAAGUGGUUUUAUAUCGCGUCGGCCUCCCGCAAUGCUGGGUACAAGCACUCAGCGAAGACGUAUCAGGCAGCCUUCUUUUACUUUGAUCCCAGCCACAAGGAGGACACUAUACAGCUCAGAGCUUAUUCAACCAUUGGGAACCAGUGUGUCUACAAAUCAGCCCUCUUGAAUGUCCACCGGAAGGAAGGGACCUUAUCCAUACACGAAAAUGGCAGAGAACAGUUUGCCUACGUGUGGCUCACCAAGGACCCCAGAACCUUCAUGUUUGCCUACUUCCUGGAUGAUAAGCAGAAUAUGGGGCUGUCCUUCUAUGGGGACAGGCCUGAGGUGACCCCGGAGCAGAUGAGUGAGUUCCAUGAAGCCAUUGGGUGCAUCGACAUUGACAAGUCGGAAAUCAUGUACACUGAUGAGAAAAAGGAUCAGUGUGGGCUGCUGGAGAAGCAGCACGAGGAGGAAAGGAAGGAGAAACAGGAGGAGGCCUAGGAGGACGCAGCCCUGGGUUGGGGCCUCGGGGACUUGGGGGCGUCCUCAGCCCCGACCCACCCUUUGUACCUCCAUUCCUUCCCUCAGUGGCAACAAUAAAGCUUCUGCCUUUGA